UUACUUUCCCCGUCCAGAGCGCUCCAGAGACAGUCGGCUAAUACCCCGCCAGUAAGAGGUUUACCUGCCCCUGAAGCUGAGGUCUGUGUCGGUGGAUUGUACGACUCAAACUACAGAUUUUAUUCCCAUAAAGAGACGGAGCAACCGUUCAUCGUACAGAUUCCUGAAGUUUCUGAAGAACCCAGAAGACCGACAGCCGACAGCAGACAGCAGACAGCGAGGCUGCCAGAGAACAUAUUCUUCAUCCCUUCAUCCUCUUUGUCUGAGGAGAGAUAAAGACGAAAGAGGGUGUGUGUUUGGAGGAGAAAAGCACCCAGUGUUUGCUUGGAUAUGGCUCUUCUGUGUAUGAGAGAAAGACAGAGGGAGCUGAGCUGAGGUCAAGGCCUUCCUCCUCUCCUCCCCCCCCUACAGUCACAUGUCAGCGUGAGGCACAACCCCGGGGUUGCUAUCACUACGCUGACCGACCCAAAUACUUGUAAACUCACUUGGAGAAACGACACAGACUGAAUCCCUCAGCUGAAAGAGCUUCUGUUUAUUUACACCCAGCUUCUUUUCUCCUGCUGGUUUUAAUUUAGAGGCGCCUGCUUCUACCCAGCGAGCACGCAGAGACUGAAUCACCUCACAUCGACCUGUCAGAAUGCCGGCCAAGACACCGAUGUACUUAAAAACUACAACUCCCAAGAAGGGAAAGAAGCUGAAGCUUCGUGACGUCCUCUCAGGCGAUAUGAUCAGCCCCCCGCUGGGCGACGUACGUCACAGCGCCCACGUGGGGCCCGAGGGGGAAGGUGACAUGUUUGGAGACGUGGGUUUCCUCCAGGGUAAGAUGAGCAUGCUGCCGUCCCUGAGCCGGACUCAGAACUGGCACUCGCGCUCGCACAGCGUGGAGAGACGCCUGGAUGACGACUUCACCACGAAACAGGACUCGCACAACUACGGCUACAACGGGUACCACUACCAGCACUCCUCCGCCGGCCUGCUGAAGACCACCAUCUCCAUGCCUGUGUUCAUCGCCCACGAACAGGCUCCGCCCAAACCCCCACGCCUCCACCUGGACGACCCCUCUCCUCCUUCUCUGCCCUCCCAGCAGAACCACUUCCACCACCACCAGCAGCCCUCGGAGACGAGCCACAAACAGGCCAACGGGUUCAGUCACACAGACAACCACAGCCAGUCGCUCUUUGAGAACGGGGUGGUGGGCCGCUUGGCGUCCGAGCCCUGCCGUGACAUCUCCCUCUCGCCCUCCAUCCGCAGGCUCGUCCCCUCCUCCGGCUCCUUCUCAGAGGCCUCCUCCGAGGACUCCAUGUCGGAAACCUGUGGGCCCCUGGACGUUCGCCGGGGCCUCAGCCUGGACUCUGAUGCCGGCCUGAGCAACGAGGAUCUGAGGAGCGAGCGCAGUGAGUCGCCCUGCACUACCUGCCAUCCAGCCGGUCUCACAGCCCCAUCCGGCGUGCCGCGCUCAGACUCUAUGGCUGGGUUAGACCUGGAUCUGGGCCCAUCCAUCCUGGAGGAUGUCCUGAGUAUCAUGGACCGCUACAAGACUGAGGACAACCGCUGUGAGCUGUGAAGAAAGAUGAAUGUGAUGUACAGAUAUUUUUUUAUACAUGGUUUAAUAAAUCCUUAAAAACUUAAACACUAACGGAGGACAAGGGAUGGAGGGAAGGAGGGAAGGAGGGAUGGGAAGUGUCUUUUUGAAGAUUGUGUUUAAAGGACAGAUGUAAGAGAGGAACGUGGACGUCGCUGCCCGACAUGACAACAAGGCAACAGGCUGGUCCUUUAGAGCCUUCAUCAAACCUCAUACACAUUUAAACUGUAAGCUAACAAAGAGAAGAACUGCAUUCACCUUGAUAUCACAACACAUUCCUCUUUUUCUCUGGACACCCGCCGCUACCCGCCGUGUAUUGUCUCCUAAUCUGUCUCGUACUGAGAGUUUUCUGCUCGUUAAUGGUUAACACGUUUCCAGCUGAGUCGGAUAAAGUGCAGACUGACCUGGAGAGAGAAAAAGGGGAGAAAUGAGCACCUGUGGACAACAUUCAGGACUCGCUUAUCCGUCAUGGAAACCACAGCUACUAAUAACAUGUACAACAGCAGCAGGGCUCAAUCAUAAACUGAGCUACAAACACAGAGUUUUUAUGCUGAAAGCCAUAUUCUGUCCUCAUUUUGACUGCCGGAAAUGUCAUUUUCUGAACUAAAAUGUGUCUGAUUGUUAAUAUCUUCACUUGUUUACUGUAAUGCUUCAAUGCCAGAUGAAAUGUGAAGAACUUCUGAUUUUACUGUCCUUCUGCGACGGAUGGAGACGAAGCUAAAGUGGCGUCUGUCUGCCCUCUAGUGGCGAACAGCAGCUCCGACACUUCAGUGGCAGAUUUAUUUUGAUCGGAGAGAAACUGAGGAAGCUUAUUCUUGUAGUUCAACUAAUAAAAUGCUCUAAGUGUAAGAAAUGUUGCUGCUUUGUAGAUCAUCAGAUCUUUUUAAAAAUCCCUCCUCUUCCGUUGUUGUUGGCUCACUGUCGGCCUCCAUAACAUUCACUGUCUGCAUUAUCACAGUAGCCUAUUAUUCAAAUGUCAUUUAUGCUGUAUAUAUAUAUAUAUACAUAUCACUGUAAAUGUAAAAAUAAAACGUUCCUUUA